CCAAUAUUUUGACUCAACGUCCACAAUCGAAGCACCAUACAUUUAUCCGAAAAAACAGUUUUCACUCACCUAGUGUAAAAUGGUGGUCUCGCUGCAAUUUCCAGUCUCAUCACAAAAAACAGUUGCGCUUUCUCCAACCACCAUACAACCGAAAGCGGCACCUGUCAGUCGCGGUUUCUUCUCAUUCCCUUCCAGAACCAGGUCUCUUCUCAAAAUCAGGGGCAACUUGAACAAAAACCAAUUUUUUCCCAUCAAUGCCAUCGAAGAAAGCAAAGAGAGUGUGGAAGAGUCAGAGACCGCAAUGGAAGUGGAAGCAGAAGCUUCGGCGAGUGAAGAAAGCGAGUUGAGUGAGAUAGGAGCGGAGAUAAAGAAGGCGAUGAAGGAGAGAGAAGGGAGUAAUAAUAAUCUUGCGGGCGGAGUGGCGGAGGAGAUAAGGGAAAUCGAGUGGCCUGCGUUUGGGAAAGUGUUGGGGACCACCGGCGUUGUGCUUGGGGUUAUUGCUGGGUCUAGUGUCGUUUUACUUACUGUUAAUGCCGUUUUAGCUGAGCUUUCUGAUCGGGUUUUUGCUGGCAAAGGUGUCCAAGAUUUCUUCAGCUGAUUUAUUUAUUGGAAUGGAACUUUUUUGUAUUUUUUUAAUUACAGUUUUUAAUGUAAUUUCUUGUUUCUGCUAAAUCAGGCCAAAAAUAAACAUAACUGGAAUAGACGCAACACACUAACUUAAACGCCAGCGCACUGA